CUUCCGGUCGGCAUUUUGUUCUACGAGAGGAGAGCCUCUGGAUCAGCGCAACAAUCGUACUUUUUCUCAUUUUCUGUCGAAAUUGGCUCUACUUUUGGUUUAUGUCGGCGCAGACCGACUGAAACGGCGACGGACGAAUGUUCCGCCACGAAUGUACGCUCAAACAGCCAGCUCUGAGUGACGGAAGAAGAACCAAUCGGUCCGACCCGGAUUAUUGUUGAUAGCUAACAGGCUAGCAGGCUAACAGGCUAGCCGAGCGGCUAAAGCUGCCAACCGAGAUCCUUGUGGAGGAUCAGGAGAAGAAAGAAGAGCAGAGACACGGACAAACCGAGCGAAAACAUCCCCUCCCUUCCAACGCAACAUCCCAAGAUUGCGAGAGGGGGGCGUUUUUUCUGAGAUGUCAGUGAGUCCACCAAAGGCUGCAGAGGAUUCUUCAAAAAGGUGUCGGGAGAUGUGAGGGCGGGUGUUUCAGACCCUGAUCGACCUGUGUACGGACUCACAGCGCCACCUUCAGCAUGAAUGGGGAUAUGCCUCAUGUUCCCAUCACGACUCUCGCUGGGAUAGCUAGCCUUACUGACUUGUUGAACCAGCUCCCGCUCCCCUCUCCUCUCCCGGCCACCACCACCAAGAGCCUCCUGUACAAUGGGCGGAUCGCGGAGGAGGUGACGUGUCUGCUGGGCUGUCGAGAUGAGAGUCUGGCCUCACAGUUAGCCCAAGGUCUCAACCAGGUCUCCACAGAGCACAUAGAGUUGAAGGACAACCUGGGCAGUGAUGAGCCUGAAGGAGACGCUCCGCUCCUGCUGCAGACGAUGCUCGCCAGGAACCCGGGAAUCUUCAGGGAGAAAAAUGUUCGGCAGCAGCCGAUGGUACCAUCAUACAAAAUCACACAGAAUUCCAUGCACAGCCCGGCCCAGUCGGGAAACUUCCAGUCAUCAGCGAUUUCUCCCAAUUCAUCAAGUCGCUUCGUGGCCCCUCAGAGCGGCUCCAGCGGUCGGUUCAUUGGUCAGAACAGUCCGGUCCCCAGCCCCUACACGCCCCAAAGCCCCGCCCCCGGAUUCAUACAGCAGUAUCCUCAACCCCCGUCCUACAACCCUCACCAACCGAUGCAACCAGUGUCUGUAGCGAGUCCGAUCGUUCCAGGGAACCUCAGGAGCGAAGGCAAAGGACAGAUGACCAACGCCGCCAACCACCACUCAGACCAGCAGGGCACAGAAGACUACAUGAACAUCAUGCAUCGAUUAGGGACUGGGGAGGGAGACUCUUCCAUGAGAAAUCCAGCUUUUCCCUUACGGUCGCCACAGUCGGGCUGUUCUCCUGCCGGGAGUGAAGGGACGCCCAAACCGGGUUCACGUCCCCCGCUCAUCCUGCAGUCCCCUCCUCCCUACGCAGCAUCUCCCAGUGAGCAGAAGCCACAGCUGCAGCAGAAGAAGAAGACGCCCACAGUAAAAGAGGAAAAGGACAUGUAUGACAUCGUGAGCUCCCCCAACUCCACCAAACUCACACUUAAACUGGCACGGGUCAAGUCCAAUGACUCAGAUCCUCCAGGUGAGGUGGUGCCAGCUGUGGACCAGAACUCGGACGCCAUGGAGACCGAGCUGGGUUUUCAGCAGGUGCCGGUCCUUCAGCAGAAUUACGGCGCACGUCCUCAACAGCUGCAGACAGGGGGCGCCGUUCUGCAACCGCCCAGUUCUCCUUAUGACGAAGCAGAACUCGAUGCUCUGGCUGAAAUCGAAAGGAUAGAACGAGAGACCGCGAGUGAAAAAUGCUCAAAGGAAGUACAAGAUAAAGACAAGCCCCUGAAGAAGAGGAAACAGGACUCGUUCCCCCUGGAGCCCGGAGCAGGCGGCCCAGGCGGACCCACGGGAGCUCCGGGCAGUGGAUCAACGGGAGGUGGGAACGCCGGGAAACUGACCCCACAGGAAGCCACCGCCGCUGGGAACGGUGCUAGUCGGCCCCCUCUAAUGAUCAAACAGGACAAAGACGGCAGUGGCUCUGAGGGGCACAUGUGGGGCCAGCCCAAGGUGAAGCUGGAGAGACUGGGUUUGGUCCAGGACUUUGAGAAGAGGCCCAAACCCGUGGUGGUGCUGAAGAAGCUCUCGGUGGCGCAGAUUCAGAGGAUCAUCCGCCACAGCAAGUCUGGGAAGAACCGGCUCUCCUCCGGGAAGUCCUCCAAAAGUGGCAUGGACCCAGCCGUACUCAAAGAGCUACCUCCUGAAUUACUGGCAGAAAUCGAGUCCACGAUGCCUAUGUAUGAAAGAGUGAAGAUGAACACGAGGAAACGGAGCACAGUGAAUGAGAAGCCAAAAUACGCAGAAGUCAGCUCGGACGAGGAGAGGGACGGAGAAUCUGCUAGAAAACGGCAGCGGAGAGACAAGGACCGGACGUGGGAUUUUGAGGAGAGGGAGCGGCGUCAUUCCGGAGAGCAUCGGAAAAGUGGACAACGCGACAGUCGCAGAGGCUCCGGCAGCCGCUACAGAGACUCGUCUGACGAAGACUCUCCUCCUCCCCCUCCCAGCAUGAGUGAAGUCGCCAGGAAAAUGAAGCUGAAAGAAAAGCAAAAGAAGAGGAAAGCGUAUGAACCGAAGCUCACUCAGGAAGAGCUGAUGGACUCCUCGACGUUUAAGAGGUUUUUGAACAGCAUCGACAACAUCCUGGAGAACCUGGAGGACGUCGACUUCACUGCUAUGGCCGCAGACGAUGAUGAAAUCCCUCAGGAACUGCUGCUUGGAAAACAUCAGCUCAACGAACUGAGCAGUGAAUCGGCCAAGAUCAAGGCCAUGGGCAUCACAGGGAGGAUCCCUUCAGACAAACUGGUGAAGCUGCUGAACAUACUGGAAAAGAACAUCCAGGAUGGGUCUAAGCUGGCCACGCUCAUGAGCCAUGACCAGGACGCAGAGGACGAAGAGAAGCUGUGGAGAGAUCUGAUCAUGGAGCGGGUCACCAAGUCCGCAGACGCCUGUUUGACUGCGCUGAACGUGAUGACCUCCUCUCACAUGCCCAAAGCCGUGUACAUCGAGGACGUGAUCGAAAGGGUCCUUCAGUAUACAAAGUUUCACCUGCAGAACACGCUCUACCCACAGUACGACCCUGUGUACAGAGUCGACCCACACGGAGGUGGCAUGUUAAGCUCCAAAGCCAAACGCGCGAAAUGCUCGACUCACAAACAGCGCGUCAUCAUCAUGCUGUACAACAAAGUCUGCGACAUCGUGAGCAACAUCUCAGAGCUCCUGGAAAUACAACUGCUCACAGACACCACAAUCCUGCAGGUUUCUUCAAUGGGAAUCACGCCCUUCUUUGUGGAGAACGUCAGUGAGCUGCAGCUAUGUGCCAUUAAACUAGUGACAGCUGUGUUUUCACGAUAUGAGAAGCAUCGGCAGCUGAUUUUGGAGGAGAUUUUCACGUCUUUGGCUCGGCUUCCCACCAGCAAACGAUCGCUCAGGAACUUCAGACUGAACAGCUCAGACCAGGACGGGGAGCCGCUGUACAUUCAGAUGGUGACGGCUCUGGUUCUGCAGCUCAUUCAGUGUGUGGUCCACCUCCCCAACGACAAAGAGACGUUUGACGAGAUCGACGCCAAGGUGGAUCAAGACGUUCUGAUUACAAACUCGUAUGAAACGGCCAUGAGGACUGCACAAAACUUCCUUUCCGUCUUCCUCAAAAAAUGUGGCAGCAAACAAGGAGAAGAAGAUUACAGGCCGUUGUUUGAAAACUUUGUGCAGGAUCUUCUGUCCACAGUGAAUAAACCUGAGUGGCCCGCUGCAGAGCUCCUCCUCAGUCUGCUCGGGAGAUUACUGGUUCACCAGUUCAGUAAUAAGCAGACUGAGAUGGCUCUGAGGGUGGCGUCGCUGGACUACCUCGGCACUGUCGCUGCUCGUCUAAGAAAGGAUGCAGUCACCAGCAAAAUGGACCAAAAAUCAAUCGACCGCAUCCUGGAGGAGACUCCGGGAGACGAUGAGACGCAGCAGCUGCAGAAGGCUCUUUUGGAUUAUCUGGAGGAAAAUGCAGAAACGGACGCUUCCCUGGUGUUUGCGCGGAAGUUCUACAUCGCUCAGUGGUUUAGAGACGCUACGACAGAAGCUGAAAAGUCGAUGAGGAGCCAGAACUCCAAAGACGAUGAUUCUUCUGACGGACCUCAACACGCCAAGGAGAUCGAGACCACGGGCGAGAUCAUGCAGCGCGCCGAGAAACGCAAGAAGUUCCUACGCAACAUCAUCAAGACCACACCAGCCCACUUCACCACACUCAAAAUGAACUCUGACACUGUGGACUACGACGACUCCUGUCUGAUUGUGCGAUAUUUGGCCUCCAUGAGGCCGUUUGCCCAGAGCUUUGAUAUUUAUUUAACACAGAUUUUGAGAGUACUUGGAGAAAGCGCCAUUGCUGUCAGGACAAAAGCCAUGAAAUGUCUGUCUGAAGUAGUGGCGGUGGACCCCAGUAUUCUGGCACGGUUGGACAUGCAGCGUGGGGUUCACGGGCGUCUCAUGGACAACUCAACCAGUGUGAGGGAGGCGGCCGUGGAGCUGCUGGGCAGGUUUGUGCUGAGCAGACCUCAGCUCACAGAGCAGUACUACGAUAUGCUGAUUGAGAGAAUACUGGACACGGGCAUCAGUGUGAGGAAAAGAGUGAUCAAAAUCCUCAGAGACAUUUGCCUGGAGCAGCCCAAAUUCAGUAAAAUCACAGAGAUGUGUGUGCGCAUGAUCAGGAGAGUCAACGACGAGGAAGGCAUCAAGAAACUUGUGAACGAGACAUUCCAGAAGCUGUGGUUUACUCCGACUCCAGCACACGACAAAGAAACGAUGACGAGGAAGAUCCUGAAUAUCACAGAUGUGGUGGCCGCGUGCAAAGACACUGGCUACGACUGGUUUGAGCAGCUUCUACAGAAUCUCCUGAAGUCUGAAGAGGACGCCUCGUAUAAACCAGCCAAAAAGGCGUGUGUGCAGCUGGUGGACAAUCUGGUGGAGCACAUUCUCAAAUAUGAGGAGUCUCUCUCAGAUAAUAAAGGAGUCAAUUCACAGCGGCUGGUCGCUUGUAUUACCACGUUAUAUUUGUUCAGCAAGAUCCGGGCUCAGCUCAUGGUGAAGCAUGCCAUGACAAUGCAGCCGUAUCUGACCACCAAGUGUAAUACUGCCAAUGACUUCAUGGUGAUCUGUAACGUGGCAAAGAUCUUGGAGCUCGUGGUGCCUCUGAUGGACCACCCCAGUGAGACAUUCCUGGCCACGAUAGAAGAAGACCUGAUGAAGCUGAUCAUAAAAUACGGCAUGACGGUGGUGCAGCACUGUGUGAGCUGUUUGGGAGCUAUCGUCAACAAAGUCACUCACAACUACAAGUUUGUGUGGGCCUGCUUCAACAGAUUCUAUGGUGCACUGAACAAACUGAAGAGCCAGCACCAGGAGGAUCCCAACAGCACGACUCUGGUGGCGAAUAAACCGUUCCUGCUGCGAUCGCUCUUCACUGUGGGCGCUCUGGCGCGACACUUCGACUUCGACCUCGAGGAGUUCAAGGGACCCACAAAGGUGAUCAUCAAAGACAAAGUGCUGGAGCUGUUGCUGUAUUUUACCAAACACGACGAUGAGGAGGUCAAGACUAAGGCCAUCAUCGGCCUGGGGUUUCUGGUCAUCAUGCACCCCAGUCAGAUGUUCAUGCCUGAGGUGAAGACUUUGUACAACGGGAUUCUUGCUGAUUCAAACUCCUCCAUCAACCUGAAGAUCCAGAUCCUGAAGAACCUGCAGACGUAUCUCCAGGAAGAGGACACGAGGAUGCAGGAGGCAGACAGAGAAUGGAAGAAGCUGUCCAAACAGGAGGACCUGAAGGAGAUGGGGGACAUCUCCUCUGGGAUGAGCAGUUCCAUAAUGCAGCUGUAUCUGAAGCAGGUUCUGGAGGCGUUUAACCACACGCAAUCCAGCGUCAGACACUUCGCCCUCAACGUGAUCGCACUGACGCUAAACCAGGGCCUCAUCCACCCUGUGCAGUGCGUGCCCUACCUCAUCGCCAUAGGAACAGACCCAGAGGCCACAAUGAGGAACAAGGCCGACCAGCAGCUCGUGGAGAUCGACAAGAAGUACACCGGCUUCAUUCAUAUGAAGGCUGUUGCUGGGAUGAAGAUGUCGUACACGCUGCAGCAGGCCAUCAGCUCCUCCAGAAAAGCCAUAAUCCGCGGGUUCAGACAGGACGAGACUCACUCUGCCCUGUGCGCUCACCUCUUCACCAUGAUCAGAGGAAACAGACAGCACCGCCGAGCCUUUCUCAUCGCUCUGCUCAACCUGUUCGACGACAGCGCGAAGACGGAGGUGAACAUGCUGCUGUUCGUGGCAGAUAAUUUGGCCUGUUUCCCGUAUCAGAGUCAGGAGGAGCCUCUGUUCAUCAUGCACCACAUCGACAUCACUCUGUCUGUGUCUGGGAGCAACCUGCUGCAAACCUUCAGAGAGCUUCUAUUAAAGGAGCCCAGACGCAAAGAGAAGAAGGUGAAGAAGGAGUGGAGGAGAGCGUCGGACGGAGAGGAGGACGAGGGGAAGAUGAACUGCGACUCCUCCCGAAGCGAAAACAGCGAAAGCGACGACGAGGAGCGGGGCGACGUACGGCGGCCCAAAAAGCCCAGUAAACGCGGCGCUCCGGCCUCCGGAUCGGAGUCCGACUCAGACCUGGAGGAUCUGGACGUGGAGGACGUGGACAAAGUGAUGAGGCGUCUCCCAGACAACCCCAUCGGACUUCUGGACUUCGCCAACGCCGUUCAGGGAAUUCUGUUACUGCUGGUGCUCAAGCAACACCUCAAGAACCUGUACGGGUUCUCUGACAGUAAAAUCCAGAAAUAUUCGCCCACGGAGUCGGCCAAAGUGUACGACAAAGCCGUGAACAGGAAAAACAACAUCUUCUUUCACCCGCGACAAACCAUCGACUUCAUCUCCAACAACAUGGCCCAUGCCACCCUGACGGAGGACAUGAAGAGGAGGAUCGUCAAGCAGUACCUCGAUUUCAAGGUUCUGAUGGAGCACUUGGAUCCGGACGAGGAGGACGAGGAGGGUGAGGCUUCGGCCAGUGCCAACAUCAGAAACAAAGCCAUAAACGCGCUUCUGGGCAGCUCCAGUACUGUCCUGUGCGGCCCCAGCCCCAGACACCAGGGCCCCGGACCAGAGACGGACGACGAUGACAGCGAAGGAGAGGAGCGGGCGCCAGGGUCUUCUCGAAAAUCCCGACGCGGCGACUCGGACCCGGGCCGCAUGAGCGAGACGGUGGAGGUGAUGGACGUGAUCGCGCUGCACUGCCCCAAAUACAAAGACAGACCGCAGAUCGCGCGCGUGGUCCAGAAGAGCUCGCACGGCUACACGGUCAACUGGAUGGCAGGCUCCUACUCGGGGCCGUGGGCGGAGGCUAAAAAACGCGAUGGACGCAAACUCGUGCCUUGGGUGGACACUAUAAAGGAAUCGGACAUUAUUUACAAAAAGAUUGCCUUGACCAGCAACCAUAAACUGAGCAACAAAGUGGUACAGACUUUAAGGUCGUUGUAUGCGGCGAGGGAAGGCGGGGCUAGCUAAUAGUCCCUGCUGUGUGCGGUUGUUUUUUUUUCAGUUUGUACUUUUCGAGAACCCCCAUCCCCACCUCCUUCAGCCACGCCAAACUUCACUGGAUUCCUCUCCCCUUCUCCCUUCCUCAUUUUGUAACGGGAGAGAUUUGACACUACAUACUUUUACACGAGUUAUUCUUGCAAAAAGACUUAUUCUAAAGAGGGACUGAUUAUCUUGUGUCCGUGUAAAGUGCAGAUUUAGAAGAAGGAAUCCGGAGGCGUUUUAAGGAAAAAAUUCAGCCGAGGAAAAGCGUUCCAGACUGAUGCCAGAGGAAAUGUUUCGUCGACAUUGUAGUGGGAGCUCCUUCGCUGUUGUGCAGCAGAUUCUAGUCCUUCAUUUCUACUCCCACUGUAUUAUAGUUUAACACAACAAACGAAAAUGUUUAUAUCUGAAGACAAAAAAUCUGUAAAAAAAGAAUAAAACCUUAAGUGAAUGUUGGAAAUUAGUCUUUUUGAUGUUCUUAUUCAAGUGUUUUGGAGUUUAGUGUGGAGGUUAUGCACAUGACGACACAACAGUCCCACUUUUUUAGAAUGAGCGGAAAUAUUAUCAGUGGUGAGUAAAGACAUUUCUGCUGUAAAAGCUCAAAGCACGUGUAAAAUGUGAAAGAGCAGCUACAGUUUAAUAACAUAUCAACAACUCUGUUCAAUGUUUAGUUUGUACUUGAGCUUUUAAAACAAGAAAAUCAAGUCAACAAUCGAAAAGCAGUGAACAGGGAAACUUUUCUCACCGAUGCAGACAUUUCUCUCUUUAAAUAACGUGCUUUGAGUCCACGUGUUGAGAAGAUGAAUUAUUGGGGUGCAAAAACAAAAGCCGCACAGAUAAAAAUCAGGCAAAGAAACACGUGUUGUGUGUUGUGCCGCUCAGUCUAAUGUCGAGGAGCAUUUUUCAGAUAAAACGUCUGUGCAUAAACUCUGCGCUGAAGCAUCCUGAUGAGUUCAUUUUAGUUUUUAGAUAUUUGAAAGAAAACGGUAAAAAGUAACAGAAAAAUAAGAUUUUUUAUUUUAUUCACUUUUAUUUGUCCAUUCUGUAAAAUGGCGAGAGUCCUGGUAUAAUUUAUUCUAUUUCGAGCUCCGCAUGCAGUAACCGUGGCCAACGGGAGGAUAUUUUGUACAUGUACAUUUUGAUGUUUUAGGUCACAUAAGAGGAGGGGUAUUUAUAUCCUUUUGGUGGAACAAUACUGCAAUAAAUUUUCUACUUCUUUGUCA